AACCUUGAUCACAUGACCUCAUGUUGGUUCGAGCAAGAGCUUACUCACAUCACGGUUACCUAAACGCGAGUCGUUUUCAUUUACUGGAAAGUGUCGAAAAGCGAUAUUGUUUGGAAAUUUAGCUAAAUUUACCAUGAGACGGAAGCAGGCUCAAGGCAAGCAGCGCUGUUCUGCUCGACCGAAGAGGAAGUGCACCGCGGCGUUGAAAAGUAAAAGUUCAAAUAAGGGUUCUUUGAAGAUGGUUGAUCCGCAUUGUGUUGCAAAAGAGCAGAAAGUUGAAGGUGCUAAAACUGAGAGGACCCCGCACGACGAGAAACACGCGCACCAUUGCUCAAAUAGUCGGCUUUUGAUCAGGGGCGAUGGAGAUGUGCCCUUGUUAGAGAGGGGGCUUUGUCCUGAAAACACUUGCCGAGAUCCGGUAGAAUUGGAAGAUGAAGAUUUGUGGGAAGUUGAACGUCGCGGUUUAGAAGAGGAGGAGAGUGAGAUGAAGAUGCAAAUUCAAGUGGACAACAGUAUCUUCCUCGAUGAUGACAGUAAUCAGGUUCUGCCUGUCGGGCAGUUCUUUGGGAAUAUCGAACUCGUCCAAGAUUACCCGCCCAGAGCUCCCGCAUCAACACCCAUGAGCAGGAGAGAGUACAGGAGAUUGCACUACAUCGCCAAAGACGACAGCGAUGACGACAUCUACGAAGACGAGCACCCGGAGACACCGCAGCAACGCGACAGUGUCAGCAGUACUGCAGAUUCAGGAAACCACGUGAGAAAUGGGAGCAGGUGAGAGGGGCUUGGCAACACAGAAGGAAGUGUAAAAACAGACUCCUCUGAUGGUGACCAAUCAAGAAGUGCCUUCCACAGGCGAAAAUGUUUUCAUCUUGCACUCAAAACUACUUCAGUCCUUUAGCCAGUGGUUGCUGAACGGUUCAACUGAUGCCAAAGUUGUUCACAUUGUUUUCAUCUAAUCAAAAAUAAAUUUAUACUUAUUGCUGACCAUUUUUGCAUGUUACCCCAAGAGAAUUGCACUAACCAAGUUCAGUACUGCAGAGGCCAUGAACAUGAAGCUUAAUGUAUUUACUUUUCUUAGUGUAAAAGUUUUAUAUAUAUAUUUUUUGAGAUAGAUGUAUAAGUUCUUGCUCUCCUUUGGAGAAAAUGCUGCACUGUAAAUUUGUUUUUGCUAUUUGUUGUAAGAAUGAUCAUUGAAAUUCCAUGUGUUAAAUAUAUAAUCUUAAUUGCAAGCUGUGCUGGUUAAAAUUCCACUAAUUAUUCAUAGUUAAUAUUUAAGCGGUGUACCACUUAAGUAUAAGAACCUUAUAAAUAGGCUUGGAAAAAUUUUAUAAAUUUUUUCUUACUAGAUAUUGCACUGCAUUUGUCUCUAGAAAGUUGAGUAAUAUAAUUUUGCUUAUGGAUUUUGUACUGCCAGUAUAACUAGAAUAAAUGCGCCAAUUAUUUUUACAGUA